UAAUAUUAUAUAGUAUAAUAAAAUUUAAAUAAAAAAAUAUGAAAUAAAAACUUACAAUUUUUAAUUUAAUAUUUUUAUAUAAAUAAGAAAUUCAAAUAUGCCACCAAAAAAAAGCACAAAUACUUCAAAGGCAAAUAAAUCUAAAACUGUAGAAACUAACAAUGGAAAAGAAGAGAAAAAAAAAGGAAAUGCUGGGAAUGCUGUAAAGGUUAGACACAUACUAUGUGAAAAACAAUCAAAAGUUUUGGAAGCUUUAGAAAAAUUAAAAGCUGGAGGGAAAUUUAAUGAAGUGGCUGCCAUUUAUAGUGAAGACAAAGCAAGAUCUGGGGGUGAUCUUGGAUGGAUGAUUAGAGGAUCAAUGAUAGGUCCAUUUCAAGAAGCUGCAUUUGCAUUACCUAUUUCUUCUAUUAAUUCUCCAAUCUACACAGAUCCACCAAUUAAAACAAAAUUUGGUUAUCAUAUUAUAAUGGUAGAAAGUAAAAAAUAAAUGAUGUAUAAAUAA